GGCGGAGCCGCUGCCAAGGGGACCCCAGCUGGACACUGGCUGUCCGGUCACCUGCAGGAUGGAGGAGGGGAGGAUGCAGUUGGCCUGGGUACAAACGUUCGUCCUAAGCAACAUGCUCCUUGCAGAAGCCUAUGGAUCUGGAGGCUGCUUCUGGGACAACGGUCACCUGUACCGGGAGGACCAGCCCUCGCCAGCGCCGGGCCUCCACUGCCUCAACUGGCUGGACGCGCAGGGCGCCCUGGCGUCUGGCCCCGAGUCGGGCGCUGGUAACCACAACUACUGCCGGAACCCCGACCACGACCCUCGCGGGCCUUGGUGCUACGUUAGCGGCCAGACGGGCGCCCCUGAGAAACGGCCGUGCGAGGAUCUGCGCUGCCCAGAGACCACCUCCCUGGGCCCGCCAGCCUCCACGGUGGAAAUGGCCGAGGCCCCGGAUGCGCCGGGUGAGGACGAAGCGCAGGCGUUCCCGCCUGCCAAGGCCCUGCCCGCCCGGAGCGAGGCGGCAGCCGUGCAGCCCGCGGUGGGGAUCGGCCAGCGGGUGCGGAUGAACUCCAAGGAGAAGAAGGACCUGGGGACUCUGGGUUACGUGCUGGGCAUCACCAUGAUGGUGAUUAUCAUCGCCAUCGGGACUGGCAUCAUCUUGGGCUACACCUACAAGAGGGGGAAGGACCUGAAAGCCCAGCACGAGCAGAAAGCGUGCGAGAGGGAGAUGCAGCGAAUCACCCUGCCCCUGUCUGCCUUCACCAACCCCACCUGUGAGAUUGUGGACGAGAAGACCAUCGUGGUCCACGCCAGCCAGACCCCGGUGGAUCUUCAGGAGGGCAGCACUCCCCUCAUGGGCCAGGCCGGCACUCCUGGGGCCUGAGCCCCGCCGGAGGGCAGGAGCCCAUGCAGACGCUGGCGCAGGGGAGCCCCGAUUCCUACAGCUGGGAGUCUACACUCUGCGGUUCAAACCCUACCCCUACUUUUUUCUUUUUGGUGAAUUCCAAAGCCAGAAGCAUGUGGCGCUGUAGGCCGAGGCGAGGCUGGGUAGGGGCCUACCAAUGCUCCUUCUCCAUCACUUGGAGAGGAUUUGUGCCUGUGGACGGGGAUCGUGGCAGCUCCCACGGCGGGGCUGCCGACAAGGGCUUCCAAACGGCCUGCACCCUGGAAGCGAGCCAGGGACGAGGCGGGGAGAGCUUCCCCAGGCUCCCUGUGCUCUCCUAAGACGGCCUCGGUCUCCGCCUUCCCAUUUGUUUUCCACGGGUUCAGUGGCGUACACUGUUAUUCAUAGUUAAGGUCAGGCAGGCCAAGAGGCAGUGGCACUGAAAAAAAUAUAUUUAGUCUUGAAAAUAUUCAGGAUGGAACUCCCUGCUGACCUCUGAGAACCGGAAACGGGUCUGUACAGAAGUCAGAGCUUGUGGGCUGAGGACAGGAUCUGGGCUAGGGGCUGUUGGGUGUGCUCCAGCUUGCUAGCAGUGAUGUGCCUUGACAACCGUGGGCCGGGCCUGGGCCCAGGGACCCUUCCUUGUUUCCUAAGGGAAGGAAGGGAAGAAUUGCACUAAACAUUCCACUUAGGAAGAAGGCAGAGAAGGGUCUGCUCCUGCCUUAGGCCACAGGGGCAGAGGUGGACCUGAGGUGCCCAGACAGCGUCCCGGCAGGGUUGGGCAGUGACCUCAUUUUGUACGGGUAAGAGAGCAGCCAGCUAACCCAUGAGAAUCGCACUGUGGGCCCUGUGACCCGCUUCUGAGAAGUAAACUUGGAGAGCAAGGUUAGCAAAGCAUUUCCGGGCUUGCUGUGCAGUGGGCCCGAGUUUGGAGGUGGCCCUGUGGCCUCCAGGCCAGUGCCUUCCUAUGGGGCAGUGGGGCUAGGGUCACAUCCCCUAACCUGCAGAACAACUGUGGAGCCAUCGGAAAGGACUGUAGGGUUCUUCAAGCCUUUUGGACACAGGGAGGGAGGAGCGACUCGCCCAAGGUCAGAGAGCAGGCUCCUGGCACGGCUGAGAGGGGAGCCCGGCUGCCUGACCGAGCGCCAACAUUUCUCCAAUGCACUGUGCUGCACUGUGCUAGGGGCUCGGCGGGCCCUCCAAGUCCUGACGUCACACUUGGAGGCCCUUGCCGUGCUCCCUAGCCACAGGGCUUCCUUCCCAGAGCCCUUCUACUGCCCGAAGUGGAGAGGGGGGUGAGUGGAGCCCCCCCAGCAGACUGUUCCCGGGAACCAUCUGCUGAGGGGGCCUAGACCUCAGGGGGUCCCCUGGUGUUCAUGAUGCUGGAGUAGAGAACAUUACUGGUUUCUACUUUUCUACAACAGCGUUUCUCUGUACACAUGUUUUAUAUACCUCAUACUGACACCUGCGUAUAAAGGACGAGAAGUUGCUCUGCAUCGGACUUAUAUUAAAAACAAACAAAAACACGA